UGCGACUAAAUUCGAUCUUAAGAAAAAAUAUAAUUAACCCAAGUGCUUGUUUGGUUCAGUGUGUGUGCUGAAGGAAAUUUAAGAGAAUUAAAGGAUUGCCCCUCUCGAAUCCCGUCUGUGGUUCCAUACUGGCAAUGGCUCUAGCGGAUAACUUUACGGAUUUUACGACCGGUUUCCGGUUCGUGUCCCAGAUGGCAGUUGAAGAGUACCAUACUGGAAGGAACUGGUCUGGCCUGGUGGAUCGCUACUGGCUGAUCGUGGAAGAGCUGUUAGCAGAUCCUCGUGCCAAACAGUUACCAUUCAUGGAUAACCCGCUGCCAACCCUGGGAAUGAUCUGCUGUUACCUGCUUUGGGUCCUUCUCAUAGGGCCGAUGUAUAUGCGCGACAGGAAACCGAUGGACCUGCGAAGGGUUAUCAUCUUCUAUAACCUGUUCCAGGUGCUGCUCAGUGGCUACAUGUUUUAUGAGCACCUGAUGGCGGGAUGGAUUCGGGGCUACAGUCUCUCGUGCCAAACGGUUGAUUACAACGAUGGACCACUUUCUCGGCGGAUGUUCAACUUGUGCUACCUCUACUACCUGUCGAAGCUGUCCGAGUUUGCUGAUACGGUGUUUUUCGUCCUGCGGAAAAAGCAGUCCCAGAUCACGGAUUUGCACGUGUACCAUCACUCGCUGACGCCGAUUGAGGCGUGGAUUCUAACCAAAUUUAUUGCCGGUGGAAAUGCAACGUUCCCGAACAUCAUCAACAACUUUGUACAUGUGCUGAUGUACUUCUACUAUAUGCUGUCGGCGAUGGGACCCCGCUAUCAGAAGUAUCUCUGGUGGAAAAAGUACAUGACCGAAGUGCAAAUUAUUCAAUUUAUCCUGUGUAUCGGUCACUGCAUAAACGCCCUGGUAUCCGGAUGUCCGUUCCCACGCUUCAUCUCGACGUUGCUGUUGAUAAAUGCCACCAUCUUUCUGUGUUUGUUCAUGAACUUCUACAUCGCCAGCUACAAACGGCGUCCUGCAGCUGCAGCUAAAGCAGCGGAAGCAGCCAUUGCUGAAGCAACCAAAGAUCAACAGGUUCAGAAGACUGGAUCCGAGGCUCAGGACCUGAUCGAAUUCCACAGCAAGGAACAAGAGAUCAACAAUAAUACCAUUGAAUCUCUCGAAGGAAAACCAGAAAGGGAACAUCUUCUAGAUGCGGAAGAUUUGCCAGUUGACGACUGUAAGUCAGCAGAAGUACCAGAUGAUAAGGACUCCCGGAUAGAAGAGCUUCUGUCCGAGGCAGAAAGUCUGGUGGAGGAAAGCAUAUUGAAGCCUGUGCCCUGCAAAGAUGUGACCGGUGAAGCGGUUGAAGGCCUUCGGUUAAGGAUAGGAAAAGAUCAGGAAGACCACCAGCUUCCGGGACCUCCCCUGGACGAUACCAUCAAUCGGGAGCUAUAGGCUGCCGCUUUCAUGUUCCGAAAUGUGCCUGCCAAUUUAUGCCCCUUUCAUUUCAUUGAUCCCAAAUCACAUUUCCCUUCCAAACAUUAAAAAAAACCCCCAACAACACCAUUCCAUAGUUUCUAGCAUUUGAGAAUAGCUUUAGUUCGUAAUGAAGUAAAAACGAGUGUACAUUGUAAGAUUCACUGAUAGCUGUAAGUAGUAGCACAAUCAUGACAGAGAGCGUACAUUAUAUAAGAAGAUAGCUCUAACCCUAGCAAGACCAAAACCGGAACCAGGUCUAGAGAAGCCAUUCACCGAGAUGCUGAUGCCCGCGAGAGUCAAACAUAUUGUGGAUCGAUCAGUCCUUGGAUGAAUGAGAUUGAUGAUUUCUAAGUCAAAUCAGAAAUUAAAAAUAUGAAAAAAUAAAGCUAACCUUAAAGUUUGAACUUAAUAAAGACAGAAAAU